GUGCUUGACCCAUCAACGAGAAGCGGAGAUUCGUCAGUCAACAACUACGACGCCAUCUUAUUACUUUAAGGUAGAGAGAGACAGAGACAGAUAGACAAGGUUGUCAUCAUAGCUGGGAAUUAUGAGCGGAGCUAAAGCCCGCAUCGACCCGCCUGUUGCUGCUGAGAAUGUCUCGAGCGCCGGGCACAGUUCUGCGGCUCCUGCGCGGGAGCGCAAGCCAAGUGGAGGGGUUCUGAAGAGACUCAAGUCUCGGCGAAGCCAGGUUGAUAGUAGGCCCGUCACAGAAGACCAUCUGCGGACACAAGUUGGCCACAUCACCCCUGAAGAGGUCCUAGGAUUGCGGGUUGCUACACGGGGGUACCUGUGUAAACCAGAGGACAACAUCUUCAACAUAGAUUUCAUUCGCUUUAAAAUCAGAGACCUGGAGACAGAGACUGUGUUGUUUGAAAUUGCCAAACCACCUCAUACGGAGGAAGACGAGGAGAAUGGAGAGGGAGACAUGAGUGCAGGACGUUUUGUACGCUACCAGUUCACAGCAGCAUUCCUACAGCUGAGGACAGUGGGAGCCACAGUGGAGUUUACAGUUGGCACCCGGCCUCUGAACAGCUUCAGGAUGAUUGAGAGGCACUACUUCAGGGAUCACCUCCUGAAGAGCUUUGACUUUGACUUCGGCUUCUGUAUCCCAAACAGCCGCAAUACUUGCGAACACAUCUACGAGUUCCCUCAACUGUCCGAGGGCUUGGUUUGUCAGAUGGUGGAACAUCCCUACGAGACGAGGUCGGACAGCUUCUACUUUGUCGACAACAGACUGGUUAUGCACAACAAGGCAGACUACGCUUAUAACGGGGGCAGGCAUUGAGUGUAUGUGUGUGUGUGUGUGUGUGUGUGUGUGUGUGUGUGUGUGUGUGUGUGUGUGUGUGUGUGUGUG